AUGGGGACGCGCAGGCCCUAUCCGCUAGUGGACACCACGCCGGCCAAGACCAUCUUGGUGUACCGCAACGGGGACCAGUUUUAUGUGGGCCGCAAGUUUGUGUUCUCGCGGCGCCGAGUAGCCAACUUCGAGGCUCUGCUGGUGCAGCUGACGGAGCAGGUGGAGGUGCCCUUCGGUGUGCGGAGGCUCUACACGCCCACGCAAGGCCACCAGGUGCUCGGACUGGAUGCGCUGCAGGCUGGUGGCAAGUACGUGGCUGCAGGCCGGGAGCGCUUCAAGAAGCUGGACUAUAUUCAUAUCGUUCCCAGAAAACCUACAAAGAUGAGGAAAUUGAAGGAAAUCAAGCCGGUGGUACACUGUGAUAUCAACGUGCCUUCCAGGUGGCAAACACAGAAAAGGACAUCCCGACAUGUAAAUGUUUUCACAAACGGAAGAUUAUUUAUCCCACCUAUAAAAAUUAUUAUACCCAAAUUCAGCCUGUCAGAUUGGAAUAGCGUGCUGGCCAUAAUUGGAGAAAAAGUCUUCCCAGUAGGAGGCGUUCGAAAGUUGUUUACAUUGGAUGGACAUCUUUUGAACAACUCAAAGGAUUUGCAAGACAAUUAUUUUUAUGUUGCUGCAGGACUGGAAACUUUCAAAUCCGUUCCUUACUGGAAGUCUCCACGGGUCCCCAAUGAGGUCCAGGAGCAGUUUGGGGGCAAUGAUAAAUACCCAGAAACAAGGAAAAAAGUCGAAUCCAAAGGAAAAGAAUCUCUUAAAAGUGACAGUGAGCCACCCAAAAGCCAGGAUUCUGUUUAUUAUGCCAAAGAGAAAAAGAAGACAUCCAUGACACCUUUAAUUCAAAGUGGCGCAGAAGGUGACGUAUAUAAAGCACAGACUCCUGCUAAAGAGAUCGAAGAAGCACUGGAAGUCAGGGAGGACCCAGAGGUGAAGGUGGAAAUGCCAGUUGAUCAGGUACCAGCUGAAAUGGUCAAAGAAAUUGAUGGGAUAGGUGAAAGCAACUCUGGCAUCCUGGAUUUUCAGGCUGCUGCAGAAAUACUCAGCUUUCAUGGUCCACCUGGAGAAGCUCGGUAUCUUUUACUCUUAGGGCUGGCCCACUUGGGCGUCAGCUGGCCUCCAGAAGGCUCACUUGACAUCUCCCUGUCUGAUUCACCAGGCGAUGCACAAGUUGACCACUGGAUGGCAAUGUUUCCCCACGAACGGCUCUCCUUCUCCCCUCCCCCAUCCUCUCCUAGUGAGGACAAAAGCGGCUGGAAAGUGGUCCAGGUGCUGCCAUUCUGA